CACUGUCGUCUAAUUUCUUUCAGAUUUCCAGAGGCUCCAGAAAGAUGUCUUACCAGCAGCAGCAGUGCAAGCAGUCCUGCCAACCACCUCCUGUGGUGUGCCCACCUAAGUGCCCUGAGCCAUGUCCACCUCCAAAGUGCCCAGAGCCAUGUCCACCUCCAAAGUGCCCAGAGCCAUGUCCACCCCCAAAAUGCCCACCUCAGCCAUGUCAGCAGAAAUGCCCUCCUACACAGAUAUACCAACCCUGCCAGCAGAAGUGUCCUCCUAAGAGCAAGUAACAGCUUCAGGACUCAUCAGCAUCAUGAAAGGAUAAGGACAAUUGGCUCAGACUCCUUCCACAACUCAACCUUCAUUUCUUCAAAGCCAACCAUGGACACAACUUUUCUAUCCAUUAGUCCAUAAUCUGCCUGUGAUGA